AUGAGCACCACCAAAACCACGUACUCGUUUCCGAUCUUAACCAACGACGAAAUCCGCUCGUGUUUGAAAGAAUUAAAAAUCGAACUCUCCGAGCGCGAUUUACUCCGCCCGACGCACGAAUCUCUGAGACACGUCUACGAAUCCGCGUACGAAUUAUUCUUCAACGUGAAUUUAGACGAGGACGAAUCGUUCCAACCGGACCCGGAAAUCGCGGAGGAAGUCGGGAUGGAAUUUCCGGAGUUGUACGAAGACGCGAUUCCGAACGUUUUGUUUUUAAGUCGAUUGCAAGAGUUGAUGUUGAAAAUAGGCGUGGAGGAUUUUUCGUUCAAAGACGUGUGGAAACCGGAAUACACGCGGACGAGACGAAACAUGUCCGCUCUGAUUAAUUUUGCAAAGUUUCGAGAGGAGCAGUUGAUUGAGUUCGCGGAUAUCAUCAACGAGUGCGCGGAGGAAGAGGAGAAGUUGAGAGAGGCGAAGCGAGAACACGAGCGGUUGCGCGCGGAGGUGGAGCAAGCGGAGAAGAGGAAAGCGACGGAGGAGUACAGGGAGGAAGAUGAGGAGGAGUUGAGACAAUUGGAGAGGGAGAAUCGGGUUUUAGAGGAAGAGAUUGCGGAGCAAGAGAGAGUGCUGGCAAGGCAGGAGAGAGAAAUCGCCGAGGAGGAAGAGCACGCGAUGAGAGAGCGAGAGCAAUUGGAAAAGUUGGAGGAAGAGUUAGCCAAAGCCGAGAAGACGAAUAAAGAGUUGAAAGAAAAGAUGGAGGAGGAGAGGAAGAAUAGUAAAGAGAUGGACCCGGAAUUGCACAAAGCGAUGGAACAGAUGAAAAUAGAGGAGGAUAAAGUGGCCAAGUUGGAAGAGAAAGUGAAAGAAAUGGAGGAAGAUAGGCGGGUGAUGGAGAACAUCGGCGAACGGUUGAGAGAGGCGAACGACGUGAUGGAAAAAAUCUUAGAAGAGCAAGAGAAACACGAUAAGAUGAAAGAAGCGCUGGAAGAAUCGAAGAGUAAGAUUGCGGAGAACGAAGAGGAGACGUGGAAGUUGGACGCGAAGUUGGAACAGUUGAAACGACAGGAACAGACGCUCAAUGAACGCAUGCAACGAUUGAAAGCGCAAGGCGAGUUGAAGGAACAAGCGGCGAGGGCGGCGUUGAAAUCGGCGGAAGAAGCAUUAGAGGCGGAGAAAGCGCGAGCGGAUUCCAACAAGGCGAAGAACGAAGAAGAAGAAAGAGAAAUUCUGGCGCUUAAAAAGAGCAUGAACAGAGUGAGAGAGGAACACGUGCGAGAGAUGGAAGCGUUGGGGAAGAAGUUUUUGGAGUUGAGACAGACGGUGAGAAAAUAUCACGGCGUCUUGUUCGAGGCGAUGUCGCAAGUGGACGACGAGAUUUACCAGUUGGAUGAAAACGGAAAUAGCGGUCCCGGCGACACGCCCAUGAGUGAAAUGAGCUCACCAGGUGGCUUAAGCCCCGCCGGGUUCAAUAUUUAA